ACCCAUGAGGAUAUUAUGUCGAAUGUUGAACCCUACCAAACUUGGUAGUCCUGCCAGUUUUAUAAGCAAGACGCUUUUGCCUUUUGAUACAAGUGCCGAUGAAUUGAUUGUAUCCAAUUUUUACAGCCUAGGUGGCAAUAAACUGAAAACUUUUGGAAAAAUUGAUUGUGAGAUUUUGCUCAAUGGCAAAUCUAAAAUAAUUUCAUUAUUUAUUGUUUCGGAUGGCAUAUUAUCUCAGCCUUUGCUUCUCGGAAGAGAUUUUUUCAAAUUAUUUAAUAUUAAACUUUAUAUGUUAAAUUGUAACGAGCUCAAGUUGGAAUUAAAUGAGUUGAAUUCAAGUGUGUCUUUAAUUGAAAAUAUUGUUCAGGUUCCAGAUAAUUUGCAACAUUGUUAUAUUGAUUGUCCUGUUGAUCAUUCCAUAACUCCUAUUGUUGAUGCCAAUAACUGUGGAGGCAUUCCCGCAGAUAGAUUGCUAGGGGACUCUCUUUCAAAGAAUGCUCAUUGCGCCGUUGGGGCCAGUAUUGUUGAAGAAUUGCAUAGUGAAAUUUCUAGUGAUGAAUGGAAAGAAGAUUGUUUUUCCUUUAUUGAAGGGAAUAUUACAUGCGCGAUUGAUGUGGAAGCCGUUUGUAAUAGCAGUGCUAGUGAUUAUAAUAUUGAUUCCGCUUUGCAUAGUGACGCACGCUUAAAAAUAAAUCGUAUUAUUCGUAAUUGUUAUUUAGAAUAUCCAAAGGAGUCAAGCGUAAAACCCUAUGAAAUGUCCAUUAAGUUGACUUCUGAACAACCAGUUUAUUCACAUCCUCGAAGACUUUCUUAUAAAGAUAAAUUUGAAGUUCAGAAGAUCGUGCAAGAGCUUUUAGAUAAAGGUAUUAUUCGCCAUAGUGAUUCCCCAUAUGCGUCACCAAUAGUGUUAGUUAAAAAGAAAAGUGGUGAAACUCAUUUCAUUUCAAAAGGCCUCCUAAUAGUUUAUAUGGAUGACAUAUUGCUAGCCACAGUGGGUUUAGAUGAACAUUUAGCUUUAUUGGAAUCGGUACUGAAGCAGAUAGCCAAACAUGGUCUUGAACUUAAAUUGUCAAAAUGUAAAUUUUGCCAUAGCAGCAUUCAGUACUUAGGUUAUGAUGUUAGUUAUGAGGGUAUUAAUCCAAGUCAGGAACACAAGCAAACUGUCGCGAAAUUUCCAUUACCGAAAACUUUAAAACAAUUGCAUUCAUUUAUUGGCCUAUGUUCCUAUUUUAGGAAAUUUGUUCCACAGUUUUCAAAAAUUGCUAAACCAUUGUAUGAUUUGUUGAAGAAAAAUUCUAAAUUUGAGCUUGACAAAGCCUGUUUGAAUGCGAUUGCUGAAUUAAAAGCGAGGCUCAUCGAUCCUCCAGUUUUGUCAAUAUAUAAUCCCAAAAAUGAGACCGAAUUGCAUUGCGACGCAAGUGCUCAGGGUUAUGGUGCUAUUUUGUUACAGCGUCAAUCAGACGGAAAGUUUCAUCCAAUUUUUUACUUCUCACAGCGAACCACCAAUACUGAGAGCAAAUAUCACAGUUUUGAACUAGAAACGUUAGCUAUCAUUUACGCUUUGCGACGUUUUAGAGUUUAUCUUGAGGGAAUCCCUUUUAAGAUUAUCACGGAUUGUAAUUCACUUACGCUUACUUUAAGCAAAAAGACGAUUAACCUACGUAUUGCGAGAUGGGCGCUGGAAUUACAGAACUAUGAUUAUUCUGUGCAACAUAGAGGUGGGGCUAACAUGGGUCACGUUGACGCUCUCAGUCGCAGUGAGGUAGUUUUUGCUGUUAACGAAGACGAUUUAGAGUUUCAGUUGCAGGCAACUCAAAGUCGAGACCCUGAUAUAGUUAAAAUACGGGAUAGAUUGGAAAAAGAGCCAUCGAAACUCUUCGACCUCAAAAACGGGCUAGUUUAUAGAAAAGAUAUGAGAGUUAAAAAUAAUAUAGAUCAUGUUAAAGUUGCCACUGGGUCACCACAAGCAAACGGUCAGGUUGAAAGAGUAAACAGAGUUUUGACUCCUAUGCUUAGUAAACUAAGUGAGCCAAUUCAACAUGCCGAUUGGGUUUCAAAGCUAAGUACGAUUGAAUUUGCCAUUAAUAACACGGUACACAGCUCAACCGGUAAAUCUCCCGCUAAUUUACUUUUUGGGACCACCCAAAAGGGACCCAAUGUUGAUGAAUUUACUGAAUUUUUAUGUGACCAACAAGAUAUUGAGCAAUGUGAUCUAACUAAUUGUAGGCAGGAAGCGAAUGAGGCUAUACUGGCAUCCCAGCGGCGCAACGAGGAGUAA